UCGUUUGACACUUGAACAUAUUGGACACACAGAAAGUUGAAUGCAUACACAGCCAUGCAUAUGUGAUUUGCACAAUAGAUUUUAUUACAUCAUUUUAUUACAGUUGAAGGAAAUUACAUUCAAAUUAAAUUUUAAUCUCAUCCGAACCAGCAAAGAUCAACACAUUAUAAUGGCAUCAAAGGAUUCAAAAGGUAAAUGGUGCUGUGGUAAGCUCUCUCUGAAACCAUUGACAAAAGAAAACUUAGUCAAGUUCUACCUCCCUGCACAGGGCUUUGUUACUUACACUGGGCUGUCAGUGAGUGUAAUCAGUCCAGGAUUUUAUACAGAUGUUUUGCCGAAGAAGGAUAUGACAAAUCUCUUGCUUUUGGCGUCUGUUGUCGGUUCUGGAGCAUAUUUAUAUAGUAGAAAUCAUAUGGAAAAACUUCCACAAGAUAAGAGAGUUCUUUACAGUGGUUUCGGUGCAGUCCUUUUUACAUUUGGUUCUGUACUCUUGUGGGCAAUUAUAAGAGGUGCCUUACCCGACCAAUCCAAUGCGGCUGCUGGAGUGACAUUGGGAAUUGCUUCUAGUCUGGGCCUAACAAAACUUGGAAUGAGCUAUUUGGAAGAGAUUGAUAAGUCUGUAGUCAAGAAGUGAAGUGAAAUCUAAAAUUGCUAGUAGUUCUUUUUAAUUUUACAUUUUGAUAAAGUAUUUGUAGUUAUUAUUGAUAAUCUUGAUGCCUUGAUGUAAGCUUGUAUGUUAUUAUUUAUAAUCUGUGAAAAAUUUAUUGUUAUUUGAAGACACUGGAAAU